AUGUUAGGAUUGCUUGAAACAAAAAGGGAGAUUAUUUCGAAAUAUGAUGUUGCUAGGAUUUGGGGUACUAGUUCUGUGGGUUGGGAGGUUGUGGAGUCUGUUGGGGCAGCUGGGGGGCUGUUGUUGAUGUGGGAUGACAUGAUAUUUAAGAGAAGUAACUGUUAUAAAGGUGAGAGGUGGGUGUGCAUUGAAGGUUUAGUAACAAAGAAUAAUUUUCAGUGUGCUGUUUGCUUGGUAUAUGGGGCACAUGGAAGGGAGAAAAAGAGGGUGGUGUGGGAGGAGUUGAGUUAUGUUGCAGGCUUGUGUCAGGUUCCAUUCUGUUUGUUGGGGGACUUUAAUGAGAUUUUGCAAAUUGAGGAUCGCAAAGGGGCGACAAGUUUGCCAGUAUCUGCGGAAGAGUUUAAGAGUUGGGUUCAAGACAUGGAACUAGUGGAUCUACCCCUUAAUGAUAGGAAGUUCACAUGGUUCAAGGGUCAAUCUUGUAGCAAAAUUGAUAGGGUGUUGGUUACUAUUGAAUGGGUGGAGGAGUUUCCUGACAUUAGGCUGAACGGUGGUCCACGGGGAUUGUCAGAUCACUGCCCGUUGAUUAUGGAGACUACAAGAGCAAGCGGGGGCCCUAGACUGUUCAGGAGUCUGGAUUCCUGGUUUACCCAUGAGGGUUUUUUAAGGACAGUAAAGAAUGAAUGGCGAAAUUUGAGUGGUGGUCCGUUUAUUGGUAAGCUGAAGGAAUUGACGAUACCUUUUGAGAAAAUGGCACAAGGAAAACUUUAG